CGCUUUCUUAUCCAAAGACUAUCUGGCUUGCAGUGCUUUUUAGGAAUGACUGACGACAAGUGAAGACUGCCACUGCCGAGAUAGCAAGGGAACAGUCCUGUCUGCCCAUCUCGUACGGCUGCUUCGGCAAGACACGUGUUUCGCUUCCCCAGAUUUCGUCGCGCUUGAUCCGAGUCUAGCCGCUAUGCUGCGAACAACGCGAUCAGUGAUGCCGGUAGCUUGAAGUGUCUUAUAGCUCGCCAGUUCCACACGAAUAAGCCUUGCUCGACAAUUGACACUCAAGAAGAUGGUCGCCUCCGUCUUUACCACUGAGGAAAAGUACAAGUACGCACAGGGGCUCAAUUCAUAUAUCGAGACCGAAGCGAUUCCUGGUACAUUGCCGCAAGGCCAGAACGCGCCUCAGAAGGUCGCAUACGGUCUGUACGCGGAGAAGUUGUCCGGCACGGCCUUCACUGCACCGCGUCACAGCAACAAGCAAUCAUGGCUGUAUCGCAUUAUUCCUGCCGCUGCGCACGGGCGCUUCGCUGAGGUGGAUGGUGCAUUCAAUGUGGACCUUGGCGCUACGAAACAAACAUUCAAGCAGCUGCCAAAUCAGAUCCGAUGGGACCCCUUUGCGCUUGAUCCUGAGCAUACCUUUGUCGAUGGUUUAAAGCUUGUCGCUGGUGCUGGAGAUCCACAAAUGAAAGCUGGUCUCGGUAUUUACAUCUAUGCGGCUGGCAAAGACAUGGGCAAAGAAGGCUUUUACAAUGCCGAUGGUGAUUUCUUGAUUGUCCCACAGCUCGGCAGUCUUGAUGUCCAAACGGAGCUUGGCAGAAUGCUAGUAAGACCUAACGAGAUUUGCGUCAUUCCUCGAGGCAUUCGCUUCAAAGUCACUCUGCCAGAGAAACAGGCUCGUGGCUAUAUCCUCGAAGUCUACUCUGGUCAUUUCGAGCUGCCUGACCUUGGACCCAUUGGAUCAAACGGACUAGCCAAUGUUCGCGACUUCCAGAUACCAACUGCCGCCUUUGACCGAGACGAAGGCACUGAGUGGACUCUCUUGACCAAGUUUGAUGGAAAGCUCUUUUCUACCACUCAGGACCAUACUCCUUUUGACAUUGUCGGCUGGCACGGCACUUAUUAUCCCUUCAAAUACGACUUGGGUCGAUUCAACACGAUUGGAUCAAUCAGCUUUGAUCACCCAGAUCCUUCCAUCUUCACGCUCACUUGUCAAAGCGAGACACCAGGUACAGCAGUAGCCGACUUUGUCAUCUUUCCACCGCGUUGGCUCGUUCAGGAACACACCUUCCGCCCACCUUGGUACCACCGCAACACCAUGUCUGAAUUCAUGGGCUUGAUUCAUGGCGACUAUGACGCCAAAGCUGGUGGUAAAGGCGGGUUCCAGCCAGCUGGCGCUUCUUUGCACAACAUCAUGAGUGCGCAUGGACCAGACGCAGUAACGCAUGAAAAGGCGAGUGGCGCUGACUUGAAACCGCAAAAGGUCGGUGACAAUAGCAUGGCUUUCAUGUUUGAAUCCAUGUACAUGAUGGGUGUUACAGAGUAUGGUCUACAUACAUGCGAAAAAGUACAGGAAGAGUACAAUGCCCAUUCGUGGCAGCCCUUGAAAAGUCACUUUUCGCCACCCGAGGGCUACUAGGCAUCUAGUAGACUUGUCCGUAUGUGCCAUUCUUGCGUAGCCGUUCGCCGUAUUUUAUAAUUAGGAAAGGUCCAGGAAUGGAUAGGAUGCCGAGACCACCAAGAAGUGAAAAUGCCCCCUGAAUUGUCA